AUCAGACAAGACACGCAUGAAGCCCAGGUAUUUGUGGUAACUAUUGACGCAUUCUGAAAGAUGACCCAGCAUUGAAGAGACUUUGCCAGACCUCUGUAGUCAAUGCCAACUCAUCACCCGACCUUCGGACAUCACCACUAGUUGGCUCCCGUCGAGGUUUUCGAGUACCUUUGCUAAGGUACGAUGGGAAAGAAGAAAGCUAAAUCUGCCGAACAAAAGGCUCAGAAGUUAGCAAAGCAAUCCAAGAAAGCCUCAAAGGGCGAGAAGAAGAAUAAAGCUAAGGCGGCUACGCUCAACGCUGACUCUGAUGUCGAUGACGACGUCGAUCUCGAUGCGGUGCUGGCAGCCUAUGCUGAAGAGCAGGCUAAAUUUCUCAAGGUCACAGAACAAAUAUGCGCACCUCCUGGACCGAGAUCCGCCAGUACGUUGACAGCAUCACCAUCGAAUCGCAAUGAGCUCUUCUUGUUUGGCGGCGAGUACCAUGAUGGUACCACUGCAUCUUUCUACAACGACCUCUUUAUCUAUCUCAUCGAUCGAGGUGACUGGCAUCAAGUGAGUUCUGGCAACAGCCCUCUUCCUCGCAGCGGCCAUGCCGCCUGUCGAGGGGGUAACACUGGAGGUAUCUACAUCUCGGGCGGCGAAUUUUCCUCGCCGAAGCAAAACCAGUUCUACCAUUAUCACGACUUCUGGCAUCUCGACACCGACAGUCGGGAAUGGACCAAACUAGAACCCAGAGGGAAGGGCAAAAGCCCACCGGCCCGAAGUGGCCAUCGAAUGACUUAUUUCAAGAACUAUAUUAUCCUUUUCGGCGGCUUCCAGGAUACCUCACAGCAGACCAAAUAUCUCAAUGAUACCUGGAUUUACGAUUGCAAAGAGAACAUCUGGUACGAAAUGAAAACUCCUCCAGCAACACAAAAGCCCGACCCUCGAUCAUCAUUCAGCUUCCUCCCCCACGAGUCUGGAGCUGUCUUGUAUGGUGGUUAUUCCCGGGUCAAAGCCGUUGCAACAAGCGGCAAGCAAAGCAAAGGUGGAGGACCGCUUGUUCGAAACGUACUCAAACCAAUGGUCCACCAAGAUACCUGGUUCUUAAGAAUCCCUCCACCAUCUACAGACGCUCCUAGCGGCACGGCUCCUUCACUACGCUGGGAGCGGCGCAAAAGACCCGCGAACGCGCCGAACCCACCUCGUGCUGGAGCCACAAUGUCCUUUCACAAAGGUCGGGGCGUGAUGUUCGGUGGUGUCCACGAUGUCGAAGAAAGCGAGGAAGGCAUCGACAGCGAGUUCUUCAACGAGAUGUUCAUCUGGAAUAUUGAUCGCAACCGUUUCUUCCCGCUCAUCCUAAGACGACCUAAAACUGGUGCGAAGAAACAAGUCCAAGCCUCACGAAGAGACAGAGGCAAAGCCGAUGAAGAGGAGCUUCUACGCAACCUUGCAGCUUUGGAAACCAACGGAACGAUAUCCGAGAUUGAAGAGCUGAAACUCAACAGCCAUGACGAAACCAACAAUGACCCAGAGCCCACCAAGAAGGUCUACCCCGUACGCUUCGAAAUGCCCCAUCCGCGCUUCAACGCGCAAUUGACCGUUCAAGACGAUGUAUUGUACAUGUUUGGCGGCACUUUCGAGAAGAAAGACGUUGAAAUCACAUUCUCAGACCUAUAUGCGGUCGAUUUGGGCAAACUCGACGGAGUCAAGGAACUAUAUUACGUUGAACCCGUCAACUGGAACGUCGCCACUCAAGACAGCGACGAAGAAAUGGACGAGGACGAAGACGACGAAGAUUCCGAAAUGGACACAGAUGAAGAAAACGACGAUGCCAUAUCCGUGGAUGCACCAUCUACAACACCCACAGAGGUCACCGCUCCUCCGGCAGAAGCGGAGACGGCGACAGAGACUGAGCCCGAAACCAGCGCGGCACAGGACUCAAGACCGUUCCCACGCCCAUUCGAGUCUCUGCGCGACUUCUACGCGCGCACGUCGGAAGACUGGCAGAGACUCGUGCUCGAAGCUCAGAAUACCUCUGGAGGCCACUCCGUCAAAGAACUCCGCAAAGCCGCGUUCGAACAAGCCGAGGAGAGAUGGUGGGAUUGCCGUGAAGAAAUCCGUAAUCUGGAAGAUGAGCAGGAAGCAGCUGGUAUUGGCGAGAUUGUCAACAUGGCUGAUCGCGCGACGGAAAGUGGAGGAGCAAGACGUCGCUGAGAGGGUGAGUCCGCGGUCGAAUUUUAGUCUGCAGACUUAUUCCGCCUGUGAGAUUUGGGCAGAUCAGGAAUGAAUUUAGCCUAAUGAGCCCAUGAUCCGGUAGACCGUCUAUUCAAGUCAAUGACAUACGGAAUAGCGCUGCUCAAUCAAUACUAUCAUCC